AUGGCCUUUCCAGGUGGGCAAUUCGCAUAUACCUUACCACCAAUAAUUUAUGUUGGACUUCUGGGUGUUUCUGAUAGUCGUGACGGCGGUUUAAAUUGUUGGAUGGCGGCUGGGCCGAAUUCGACAAAAAAUUUGCAUAAAGACAACGAACAGAGGGUUUUUCGUCGUUAUUCGUAUACUACAACUUCUGAAGAUUCAGACGACGCUUCUCCUGUUGACGACUCCUGUGAUAAGUUAGAUUUAGAACGUUCUGGUCGACGAGACUCUGAAGGUGCAUCAUCAGGUGGUAGCGGUCGUAGCAGUUGUUUAAAGCAGCGAAACGCUCAUCAUAGAAACAUAUCCCAAUCUUACUCGUCUAGUGCACAAAGAGGAUCGGUUUCUUGGUCAUUUGGCCCAAAAGGGUGUUCAUCGCGAUCGAAAUCCUCGUCACAUAAAGGUUUAGGUUAUUCAACCAGCAAAAUUCCUUCAUCAAAUAAAACAGUUCCGCCAGGUGAUUCUGGCCGUAAAUCUUGCUUGCACAACAGCAACGUGGCGUCUUCUUCCUCAUCAAGUGCUUCUCCUUCGGAGUCUCCUUCACGGAGCUCAACAAAUACUGACCAGAACAGGUCAGCAACGGGAACUCCUCCUCUUCCUCCGGCUUUGAAACAGUCUGUUCCCAAAAAAGAUCAGUAUAGAAGUCAAAGGUCUAUGUCACUCGGUAGUGCUGCUCAUGAGUCGUUGAUGGCAGCUGUAGCAUCGUCAUCUUCUAGGAAUACUAUUCACACGGUGGAUAUAAGUCGUUCUGAAAAUGGCGACAAAGUUGCUUUACUUGUUGAAAAUACUCGGUUUUUGGUGGAUCCUAAUGUGUUGACUGCAAAACCAGAUACUAUGCUAGGUAGAAUGUUUAGUGUCCGAUCAAAGAGCCAUGAAGGAGCGGAAUUGGUUCGUCCUAACGAGCAUAACGAAUAUGAAGUUGCGGAGGGGAUUUCAGCUCCUUGCUUUCAAGCCAUCCUGGAGUAUUAUCACACAGGAGAAAUGCGAUGCCCUUUGUCGAUAUCGGCUUCUGAGUUGCGAGAAGCUUGUGAUUAUCUCCUAAUUCCAUUUAAUGCUGAUACAGUUCGUUGUCAAAAUCUUCGCUCUCUUUUACACGAACUUAGUAAUGAAGGAGCGAGACAACGGUUUACUGGAUUUUUAGAAAAAAUUAUUUUACCCCAAAUGGUAGCUAGCACUGAGUAUGGUGAUCGUGAAUGUCACAUUGUUGUUCUCUUGGACGAUGAUGUUGUGGACUGGGAUGAACAUUAUCCGCCGCAAAUGGGUGAGGAUACAACGCAAGUGGUUUACAGUACCCAGCUUUAUCGCUUUUUCAAAUAUGCCGAAAAUAGGGACGUUGCAGAGCAAGUUCUUAAAGAGCGUGGUUUGAAGAAAAUCCGUUUUGGCAUUGAAAGCUACCCAACUCACAAGGAGAAAGUUAAACGACGUUUUAACAAAGCUGAAGUGAUAUAUAAUUAUAUUCAAAGACCUUUCGUACAUUGUUCGUGGGAAAAAGAAGAAGCGCGCUCGCGACAUGUCGAUUUCGCUUGUCCAAUCGUCAAAAGCAAAUCAAAUCCGAGCCUCGCUAGCGCUGCAAGCGACCCACUUCCUCAAGUAAUAAAUAUUAUAUUUCAUACAGUAAAAUGCAGUGGUGUAAUACGGAUUAUUAAGAGGUCGUUGAAGAAUGUAUAA